CCCCGACCUCUUUCCAUAUCUACAAUUUCUCUUCUAGCAAUCAACCAUCUUUGGAUCAACCCUCCAAUUUGUUUACAAUAUGGAACAGACCCUCUCCUUUGAAUUUGAGCAUGAAUUUGUUCAAAACACGGCAAGAGUGAAAUCUGUUGAUAUGCAUCCAACUGAGCCAUGGAUUCUACUGGGUUUGUAUUCAGGAACUAUUUCUAUUUGGAACUAUCAGACAAAGACUGAAGAGAAGUCUUUAAAAAUCAGCGAAUCUCCAGUGAGAUCAGCAAAGUUCAUUGCUCGGGAAAAAUGGAUUGUUGCAGCUACGGAUGACAAAAACAUUCACGUCUACAAUUAUGACAAAAUGGAAAAGAUAGUAGAAUUUGCGGAACAUAAAGAUUAUAUCAGGAGUUUAGCUGUUCAUCCUGUCCUGCCAUAUGUAAUAUCAGCUUCAGAUGAUCAGGUUCUAAAAUUGUGGAAUUGGAGGAAAGGUUGGUCUUGUUAUGAGAACUUUGAAGGGCACUCACAUUAUGUGAUGCAAGUGGCAUUCAACCCUAAGGAUCCAUCUACCUUUGCUAGUGCAUCCCUUGAUGGCACCUUGAAGAUUUGGAGCCUUGAUUCCUCUGCUCCAAAUUUUACCCUGGAAGGACACCAGAAAGGAGUGAAUUGUGUUGAUUACUUCAUAACCAACGACAGACAAUAUCUUUUAAGUGGUUCUGAUGAUUACACUGCCAAGGUAUGGGAUUAUCAUUCUAGAAACUGUGUACAGACGCUUGAAGGACAUGAAAACAAUGUUACAGCAAUAUGUGCUCAUCCUGAGCUUCCUAUAAUAAUAACAGCUUCAGAGGAUUCUACUGUUAAAAUAUGGGAUGCUGUCACUUACAGGCUUCAAACCACGUUGAACUUUGGUCUCAAGAGAGUAUGGAGUAUUGGAUACAAGAAAGGAUCAUCUCAGCUUGCAUUUGGUUGUGACCAAGGAUUUGUAAUUGUUAAGAUUUCAGAAGGAAGACCCCAAUAAGCCAACAUCUGGUAGCCAGAUGACUAGUUAUGAUGAGCUUAACUGCCCAGAGAACAUCAUAUUCUGCCGUUGGUUGUUUAUUUCUGAGUUGUUACUAGUUACUAGAAUAAAUUAAUUUAGAAUCUACAUAUUACCUUAUGUAAUAUAUUGGUGUAUGUACCUGUGUGUUCGGAUUAAUGUGUUGCCAUUUGAGUGAUAUAUAUAAUAUUUUUUUUUUUAUCAUUCCA